AUGGGGCCAUUUACACCUAUACUGUAUCUGCAUUCUCUUUAUUCAGAUCCGUUUGCUAGGGCGAUCGCAGUCAAACAAAGCCCAGAAUACACAGAUGUGCGUGCGUGCAUAUUUUGCAUGUACUACAGUGCGGCUUCCGAUUCUCACGCCUUCCCUCCCACGGGCACCAACGUCACGGUCACACUGUCGUCUCCCCUCGGCGCCCAGGUCCUGAAGAGCUCGCUCUGCGCCACCCUCAUGCUGGUCUCCACCACCUUGCCCUCCAUGCCGGGGUGCUUCAGGGACACGAAGCUCCCGGCCAUCUCCCGCCCGCCCGGUGGCCCGACCUUCUCGUGCUCCACGGCGUUGAGGUACACAUCGAACCUGACGAAGUCCGCGCCGUCCGCUUCGAUGCCCUCGACCACCAGCACCUCCUCCACCUCCUGCCGGCUCCGCCGCUUUCCCGGCCGCAUCACCUCCGCGCUCACUGGCUCGUCGAGGGUCACCGGGAAGCUGGCGGACUUCAGGUGCUGGCCUCUUUUACGGUUCACGUCAGGGGUGGUGGGCGGGCGCGCGCCGAGCCACGGGAGGCCGACCCCACUGCAAGGGUGA